AUAAUGCGUGGAACUAGUUAAACCGGAAGCUCGCCGGCGUAAACAGGUGUAUAAAUUAAACUUGGUUGGUAGACCUUGGCGAGCCCACGACGAAGAGAUACCGUAUCGCGUACGCAACACACAGUGACUCCAGAGUCGUUCGUAAACGCUGUGACUAUGAAGACCUUCAUCAACUACUCGGCGGAUUGCGAUUUUCCGAUUGAGAAUUUGCCGUACGGAGUCUUCUCUACAGAAGAUAAGCCAGAAAAAAGGAUAGGCGUGGCGAUUGGUGACGAAAUUUUGGACUUGAGCGCUAUCGCGAAUCAUUUCGAUGGUCCACUGUUAAAAAAUAAACAAGAUGUAUUCCGUCGUGAUUGCUUGAAUGAUUUUAUGUCUUUGGGAAGACCAGCAUGGCUAGAAGCAAGAUCGAAACUUCAAAUUCUGCUUUCCAAUAGCAAUGCUACUUUACAAGAUGCGGAAGUUUGUUCAAAAGUCUUCGUCGCACAGAAGAAUGCUACGAUGCAUUUGCCGGCAAAAAUUGGCGACUACACGGACUUUUACUCAUCUCUCAAUCAUGCUACAAACGUCGGCAUCAUGUUCCGUGGGAAAGAAAACGCGCUACCGGCGAAUUGGAAAUACUUGCCGAUCGGUUAUCACGGAAGAGCAAGUUCCGUUGUUGUGUCAGGCACGUCCAUAAGACGACCACGUGGUCAGACACUUCCGAUCGAAGGCGCGGAGCCGCAUUUCGGGCCUUGCAGAUUAAUGGAUUUUGAACUCGAGGCUGCUUUCUUCGUUGGUGGACCACCUACGAAUCUUGGUGAUACCGUUCCAGCUUCGAAGGCUUACGAUCAUAUCUUUGGAAUGGUCUUGAUGAAUGAUUGGAGUGCGCGAGAUAUCCAGAAGUGGGAAUACGUUCCAUUGGGUCCGUUUGGUUCAAAGAAUGUAGGAACUACAAUUUCUCCAUGGGUUAUUACGAUGGAAGCUCUCGAGCCCUUCAAGGUACCCAACAUGACUCAAGAUCCAACACCAUUUCCGUAUUUGCAACAUGAUAAAUCUUGUAAUUUCGAUAUUAAAUUGGAAGUUGAUCUUAAACCUAAAAGUGGUGUAGUAACAACUAUAUGCCGGAGCAAUUUUAAAUACAUGUACUGGACUCCGCAGCAACAAUUAGCGCAUCAUACUGUGACUGGGUGCAACAUUAAUCCUGGUGAUUUAAUGGGUUCCGGCACUAUAAGUGGAGAGACUUCGGACUCUUAUGGUUCUAUGUUGGAAUUAUGUUGGAAAGGCACACGUACCAUUCCGUUAAAAGAUGGUACCACAAGAAAAUUUCUUCAAGAUUAUGACGAAAUAACUAUUCGCGGUUAUUGCGUCGGUGACGGAUAUAGAGUCGGUUUCGGAUCAUGCGCGGGUAAAUUGUUACCCGCCCACACCGAAUAAAAUUAUUAUAUGAAAUACAAAUAUGUGUCAAAAGUGUUCACAAAAAUUUUACUCUCUUUUAUA